CCCUCUUGCAUAUCAAUUUCUUCACCGCCAUUGCUCUCCACCAUUUAUAACAUUCGGCAUAGAUUGGCAUAUGCAAUGUCCAUUUGAUACAGAGAAGAGGUAUUGCUCUGUUUCUUUACAAAAAUUUGCAGAGUGUUAGUUGUUUCGAGGCAACAAUGGUGAAAUUUCAUGGAGAGGAGGACGUGGAUCUUCCAAUCUCUUUUCAAGAAGGAGGAAGCGAGGAUGAAGAUGAAAUAAGCUAUGAUGAUCUCAAAAAGCGGAUGUGGAAGGAUAGCAUGCGCAUGCAGAAGCUUAAAGAGAAGCUUAAAACUGAUGAGCUUCAUGAGUCAUUAGCAAAGCAAGAGGCAUCUCGUCGGAAAAAGAUGUCAAGAGCCCAAGAUUCCAUCCUCAAGUACAUGGUGAAGGUCAUGGAAGUUUGCAACGCACAAGGUUUCGUUUACGGGAUCCUUCCAGAGAAGGGUAAGCCAAUAACAGGAUCGUCUGACAGUCUCCGUCAAUGGUGGAAAGAAGACGUCCGAUUCGAUCAAAAUGCUCCUCUAGCCAUUACUGAGUUUUUUCCACUUUUAGAGAAACACGAGGUGGAUCCAGUUUCAUGCAUGCAUCUACUUCAUGAUAUGCAAGAUACUACUCUAGGGUCUCUUCUUUCUGCUCUUAUGCAACGCUGUAUUCCUCCACAGAGGAGGUUUCCACUGGAGAGAGGCUUAGCUCCUCCUUGGUGGCCAACAGGUGGCGAAGCUUGGUGGGGUGAGCAAGGAGCAUCACAAGAACAUGGUGCUCCUCCUUAUAAGAAACCUCAUGAUCUUAAAAAGGCUUGGAAGUUGAGUGCUUUGGCUGCAGUAAUCAAGCAUAUGUCACCUAAUUUCGAUAGUAUGAGGCGACUCCUUACACAAUCAAAGUGCUUACAAGCUAAGAUGACAGCAAAAGAAAGUGCAACUUGGUCUAAGGUGGUUAAUCAAGAAGAAACUCUGUCAAAACUCAUGCAGACAUGCCUCAGAAUAGACGCUGGAGAAGAGGAUCAUGAUGAGAGUGUCACUCACCAUUUUGGAAGUUAUGAUUUACAAGUGAAUGAGAAAAGGAAGUGCACAUUUGAGCGAGAGGCUUCAGUGGAUAAAGUAUAUGCUUGCCAAAACUUGGAGUGUCCACAGAGCGAAGAAGGAUUAGGCUUUUUGGACAAGAACUCGAGGACUGAUCACCAGGUGACUUGUGCUUAUCGCCUCAAAGAAAUUGACAGCAGCAGCAGCCAAGAAAAUAGUGAUGGUAACUUUUCAGAUUCAUCUACUAGUCUCCUCCCUUUCUAUGAUCAACCUCUGAUCAGUCCCGGAUCGAUUACUGCUGCUAUGGAUAACAACAGGGAUCUAUUAAGUGUGAUUGAUUGGGCAAAUACAGAUAUUGAUCCCAAAGGUGACCAGUCUGUGGCAGAAAUUGGAGAAGAAUCAGCUGGCUUCAAAAUGGUGGAAGAUUAUCUGAAUUUCGGGGGAACUGGAAUAGAAGAUUAUCCAAAUUUAUGGGAUACUGGAACUGAGCAGAGGCAGACAGAAAACAUGGGCAUGAAUAAAAAAACUGUACCAGAGAAUCCAGAUGAUCAAGGAAUAAUAACUUCAAUCUGGGAUUUGGGAUUUGAGUGAAGCGGAUCUGGUCAAACACAGAAAGCAAUUUAGAUGCUUUUUGAUAUAUAUGCUGUAGCUUGUAUUGCUAUAAUUAUCAGUAAACAUGGGACAAAUCCCAUCUAGGUUUUCUUUAUAAAAUUAUAUUUCCUCCUACUACUAUAUUUUAAAGUAUCUUAGCAAACGUGAAAUUGUUGUUUUGAUACUGUUAUUAAAACAAUA